GUUCGUCCUCCCUGUCUCUCUCGACUCUCUCUCUCCCGCCCCGAGCCAGCCCGUCGCCGCCCACCCUUGUCGCGCUGCGUCGCGCCGCUGCCGCCCACCCUCGCUGCGUCUCAUCUCCUCCCCAAAUCUCUCUCUCUCUCUUCGCGAUCUCUCCCUCUUUGAGAGAUAGUCGCCGCCGCUGCCGAGGCAAGUUCCGGCCAUAGAAGCACGCCCCCCCUCUGUCCUCCCCGGCCGCAGCAACGUCAGCCACCAAGCUCGUCGCACUUCCCUCGUCUCCCUCUUAAUCGCCACUUUUAGCCACUGCUGCGCCGGGAUACGCCGUCGACAUCUUGUUCGCCGCUUUCAGUCGCCAUUGUGCCUUCUACCGAAACCCUAUGCAUCGAUUUUGGUCAUUGUGCGGCUCUGCCACCAGAAUUCCCAAAUUACAAAGCCCUUCUACGGUUAGUGUUCUCGACGUUCCUAUCGAAAGCCACUUUUGAAGAAGCAUAGGUUUUAAUACAUUAUAGAAUACCUGUCUAGAGUUGAUGUCCGAUUGAUAUUGGAUUCGAAGGCUGCUUGUAUCAGAGGUUGUAGGCAUAUUUGUGUUAUGUUAGUUAAUUGUGGGGUUUAAUUAUGUUUUUGAACUAUGAUUUAUUGCCUAAGCUCUGCAGUUGGGGGAAAUGCACAUGAAGUGUUUGUGAAAUUGCUUGAGGGGAAAUUUAGGUUUUUUUUUUGUUUUAUUUGUUAUUUUCCUAGUUCUGUAUGUGAGUUGCUAGCUUUGUUUGUGAACUAUAUGUGGGGAAAUUAUAAUGUUUUGUUAGAUUAUAGAGAGUAAUUGUGAUUAACUUGAAAUGAUUUUGGAGAUUUAUAGUCUUUAGGCGCGUGGUUUGUGGGAGAUCAGCAAAUGUGAAAGUAGAGCUUUGAUAACUCCUUAGGUGCGUGUCCAACUUAUUAAUUUUGGGAAAUCUAGUGAUACUAAUAGAAGGUGGGUCGAGGAUGCUUUCGUAAUUAAGUUAGAAAGAGUAGCUCUGUAAAGUUUGUAUCUUUUGUGGGUGAUUUUGCUUUAUUUGAUGGUUUCAGUAACUUCUCACAUCUAUGAAAGAAAUAAACCAAGUCUCUGUGUGCGUGCUCCCUGCAUAGUUGCUAAAAUUUUGAAGAUGUAGCUGUUGGUUUGGGGUGGUUGAUGAAAGGUUGAUGAAAGGUGGUUGAUGUAGCUGUUGGUUUGAAGAAAUAAACCAAGUCUCUGACCGUGUAGUCACCUGUAAUUUUCUCCUUUGUGGGUUGAUUGAUGAAAGGUGGUGACUUGGAUAAAAUUUAUUAAGAAAUAAGCCAUCAAAGGAGACUAGUGAAGGUAGGAUUGUGCUCCUGUGAUCUCAUAGUUGAUCUGAUACAUUUCAACUAAAUAAGUGGUUUUGAGUGUAAAGUGUCUUCUCCUAGCUAGCUCCCACAUUAGAUCUCCAAAAAGCUUGCCUUCUCUCAUCCACACCCUCCACUGUGUGUUCUUGAUCUUCAUCAUCACUCAGAGAUAUGGUUUCCAAUCACUUGCUUCUUGAAGAGCCCAUCAGAAUGGCCUCCAUUCUUGAGCCCAGCAAACCUAAUUUCUUUCCAGCCUUGACAAAGAUAGUUGGAACGCUCGGCCCCAAAUCAAGAUCGGUCGAGGCCAUCUCCGGCUGCCUGCAAGCUGGGAUGUCUGUUGCUCGCUUUGAUUUUUCAUGGGGUGAUGCUGAAUUUCACCAAGAGUCAUUGGAGAAUUUGAGAAUGGCUAUCAAGAGCACCAAAAAGCUCUGUGCUCUCAUGCUCGACACCGUGGGCCCUGAGCUGCAAGUUGUGAACAAGACUGAGCAUCCUAUCUCCCUCGAGGAAGAUUCCACAGUCGUUCUAACGCCUGAUCAAGACAAGGAAGCUACUCCCAAUUUGCUUCCCAUCAAUUUCACAGGCUUAUCCGAGGCGGUGAAGACGGGGGAUACUAUAUUUAUCGGUGAAUAUCUGUUUACUGGAAGUGAAACAACCUCAGUGUGGCUUGAGGUCACAGAGGUGAAAGGGAAGGAUGUGGUUUGUUUGAUCAAGAAUUCUGCCACCUUGGCUGGAUCAUUGUACACUCUCCAUGCAUCUCAGAUUCGCAUCGAGCUUCCUACUCUGACCGAUAAAGAUAAGGAGGCAGUGAUGCAAUCCUGCUAGGAGCAGAAACAGUGAGGGGGCUUUACCCUGUAGAGACUAUAUCCGUUGUUCGUAAGAUUUGUGCUGAGGUUAGUUCAUCAUGUAAAAACCAACUGUUUUUCAGACACGAGACGAGACAAGAUUAUUCGAUUAUAUGUUGUUUGCGGGCAGAAAAGGUUUACAAUCAGAAUCUCUACUUCAAGAAGACAGUGAAGUUUGUUGGGGAACCAAUGAGUCACCUUGAAUCGAUUGCCUCAUCUGCUGUCCGAGCUGCUAUCAAGGUCAAGGCAUCAGUCAUCAUCUGUUUCACUUCUUCCAGGAAGAGCUGCUAGGUCUCUAUCAUCUUAUAGAUUUUUGUUUUAGCUAUAAGGUAGUUGGUAUUUUCAAUUUUGAAUCGGAAUAUGCAAUGAUGAUGUAUACUUGAUAUUUGGUUCAUUUGUAUAAUAAUGUAUGAAUUUUUUGGAUGAUAUAUAAUAUUAUUGUCGUUGAUUUUAUCA